AACUUUGCGCACAAAGUUAUCUUCAUUCUAAACGUUGUCCUCGCCUCAUGUACAUCCUUCUUUGAACAGCUGAUCACAUAGUUCGUUUUCUCUAAUCUUCUGUGUCAAGAAUAUGGCGCCUGGAGCUUUCUUGAAGUCCCUUAUCAGGACACAUGGCACUGACUUCGUCUGUCCCAUUUUCCAGAUAAGAAUUCGCCUGUCUCUCAAAUCUCGAGUGGACAUAGGUCGUCUCCCCAAAUAACCAACGUUACUAGCAUGACUUUGAAAAGACUCCUUCAGUUUGCAAUCUGCGCGGUUUCUGUCAAGACCGUGUUCGCACACCAGGUCCCUUUGGACGACACUAUCGAACAGCCUGAGACGUGGUUGUCAAAAUAUGGUCCCCAGAUUGACCAACCUUUCUCUGGUCCAUUGGCAUUUUCUCACAUGACUUAUUCCCGCUGUCUGGAAGACGAAUCUGCGCAGUUCGAUAUAGCAGUUCUCGGUAUGCCUUUUGACACAGGCACCUCCUAUCGCCCUGGUGCUCGCUUCGGACCCUACGCGAUUCGUUCAGGCAGCAGAAGACAGAGGGAAGCUCGCGGAUAUAGCUUGGCUUGGGGCAAUAACCCGUACGAGCAAGGAUCAAAAAUAAUCGAUUGUGGUGAUGUUCCUGUAAUUCCAUUCGACAAUGUUCUUGCCAUGGACCAAAUGGAAGUCGCAUAUUCCACCUUGUUAAAUCGUCCUAUUGCUUCGAAGCAGUCCGUUUGGGCGAAGGGUGCUCAACUUGCGAAGGACGGGCGCGAGCGCCCAAGGAUCGUCAGCCUUGGAGGCGAUCACACAAUCGUGCUCCCAAUUCUUCGUGCUCUUAACAAGGUAUAUGGACCGGUUUCGGUCAUUCACUUCGAUGCACACCUCGACACCUGGAAUGGAUAUCCCGGAACCGUGACUGAGCAGUCGCGCAUCACCCACGGAACCUUCUUUUACGUAGCUAACGAAGAAGGCUUGGUUUCGAACUCGAGCAUCCAUGCUGGUAUUCGAUGCAAACUAGUGGGACUUGGAGACAUUGAAAAUGAUGAAUCGGUUGGAUUCCACUUCAUUACGAGCGAUGACAUCGAUGAUCACGGGGUUCCCGCGAUCAUCAAGCGCAUAAGGGAACGUGUUGGUGACACACCUGUCUACUUGAGUCUUGAUAUUGAUGUUAUUGAUCCUGGUCUUGCACCUGCUACUGGAACUCCCGAGGCAGGAGGCUGGACGAGCAGGGAGGUCAAGCGAAUCAUCCGUGGCCUGGCUGGAUUGAAUUUCGUUGGCGCCGACAUAGUAGAGGUCGCCCCUGUCUAUGAUCAUGCCGAAAUCACAGGCACGGCGGCGGCCGACCUUGUACACGAUUUUCUAUCGAUGUUCAUGUCUCAAUCGCCUCCCACACCACACGCACUUCCGGGUUCUUGGCCUCGAGACGAACUUUGACGCUUCUAACUUUCCAAGCUAUCUUUGUCUGUUCCCCAUAUCACCACGUGCCAAUCAGGUGUGCAGAUAACACAGAAAUACCUCUGGAGUAUGUAACACUACGUGAGAUGCAAUAUAAG